AUGGAGGAGGAUUAUUAUUGUUGUAUAAAAGAGGCUGAUAUUGAAAGAUACAGUCAAGAUAUUUGGAAUGCAUUGCUUGAUAUCUACGAUGGAUAUGCCAAUCUUAAAACCACCAUAACAAUGCUGUGUCCCAAGUGUGCUAAACCUGACCCAUCUUCUCAACAGCUUCAUAGUCUUUGUACUCAAUGUUGUCUGGAAUGGUCGAUUCAGGAGCUAAUCCAAGAUCUCGAAAUCAGCGAGUCCUGGAAAAUAGUUAAGUGGAGAUUAGACGUGAUUUUGGAAGAUAUUAAGAAGUUCCAUAUGCCUUUGAAGAAUUCACUGGAAUAUACAGACAUAAAAAAAUUCAAGAACCUGAAGUGGGCUGAAGGAGAUCCCGUUAACGUUUGGAUGCAAUUAGACUACAUGAGUUUCUUGAAAAAUUACUGUCCUGCAGCCUUAAUGGAUAUCAUUCUAAACUUCUGGCGAGGUAUUUUCCUUAAAAAUGUGUUUGUAAAGUACAUGAACUGUGAUAGAGUACACCAGGAGCCCAAAAGGCUAUUGAGCUUGUGCGGCCCUCUGCAAUGGUAUCCAAGGAAAAACACAGACUUCAGGCGUAAAAUUACUUUUCAUUUUGGCCCAACAAAUAGUGGGACAACUUUUGAGGCUUUUAAAAGUUUCAAGGCAGAAGGAAAAUCUGCAAUUUAUUGUGCCCCAUUGAGCCUUCUUGCAAUACAAGUUUACCAAGAUGUGAAUAAACAAGGAAUCCUAUGUGACCUUAUAACUGGGGAGGACGUUAAACAUUAUCCAGGCUCUGUAAAAUGGUGUUGCAGUGUGGAAAAGGUGGAUCUGAGUAAAAAGUGGGAUGUGGGUGUGAUUGAUGAGAUUCAGAUGAUUGGAGAUGAUCUCAGAGGUGGGGCCUGGACAAGAGCAUUCUUUGGGCUAAAUGCUGAUGAAAUCCACUUGUGUGGAGAGAACAGCGUGGUGGAACUCAUUCAAGAUCUUUGUGAGUUAACAGGGGACAGAUUGACAAUGGUCAAACACAACAGGAGAACCCAAUUGGUUGUGGAAAAAGAGGCCCUAGUUCUUGGAAAAAGUAAAAUUGAAUCAGGGGACUGCUUUGUUGGAUUUUCAGAGCGUAAACUGAGAGAAAUCAAAAAAACAAUUUUGCAGCAUCAGUCUUUUGUGAAAUGUACUCUGUUAUACGGAAGCCUCCCACCAGAACUCAUCCUUGAAGAAGCUGAAAAUUUCUUGAAAGAUACUGAGACCCAAAAGACCGUGUUGUUAGCCACUGAUGCCAUUGUUUUGGGCCUCAAUCUUCCACUAAGACGAGUGAUUUUCACAGAGACAAAAAAAUAUGACCCAAGAAUCAACUCCCACAAAUCUUCCAGUCCUGUGAACAAACACUUAAUUAAUCAGAUUGCUGGAAGAGCUGGUAGAGGCAGUGAAAUUGGGUAUUGUACAGCUACAGAUUCUAAGAGCCUGGAAUACCUUACGAGUUGUCUUGAAGCUCUCACUGAACCCAUCAAGCUGGCUGUUUUAGAUUUGGAUCCAACAAUACUGCCCAUUCUCGAGCAUCGUUGGAGAAAGCUAGGGCAAUUUCGGGAUUCGAAUUUUGUUCGUUAUAUUAAGCUAUGUAUGGGUUUCAGAAAGCUGGGGUUGGGGAAAGCUGGGGUUGGCAACAGUUGUGAUAAAGUUUUGUUUCGCUUCACGAAAUUUCCAACUGAAUUCUGGAAUCUGGCCAAUCAAAUUGCAGUCAAAGAUCUGAUGCCACGGAUAACCCUUUCUGACUUCUUGAAGCUCUGCAACUGCCCUUGUGAAGACCCACUUGUAGUUGUUUCUUGGAUGACCAACAUGUUUUCCACAUUUACAGAAUGUCCCUUCAAUUAUCUCAAUGGUGCCUUCGACUAUAAUAUGAAUGAGCAUACUUUUGAAGGCGUAUAUAGUCUGGUAAGGGCUUAUAAGUAUCUCUAUACCCAGUUUCCCCAACAACGAUCUCUAAUGAUUCAUUAUGAUCGACUACCUGAACUAGAGUUGCAGAUUAAGAGAAUCAUCCGACAGAGAGAAAAGAAAGAGGAAGAAUACUGGUUACGCUAUCCUUUGAAUUCAGAGUAUAAGAAGGAGCGAGCUAUAAUCAACAUAGUGGAAUGA